GUCUCUCAUUGUGCGGCUAAGGGUUCGUGCGAAGGUAGCGUGGUUGACGGACAAGCCUUUUCUGCCGCGUACGAAGGUACCCAUUGAACGGACUAGCUGCCUAGUACUGAAACUUGGCGCAGCGCUAACGAACGAUCUUAUCCCGGACUGCAGUAAUGAUAUUGCUUGCAAGCAGCUCAUUGAUGACUGAGGCGAUACUACCUUGUUCUGAUGACACCGACCUUGUGAUUUACCGUGUCCAACCAGCAGUGGCCGCAACACCAAUGAUAACAUCGGUCUCUUGUGCCGUGCUACCUCUCCCUAAUUAUAUAAAUACUUCGGCCUACUGCAAGCCUGCCCCCAAAGACCGUCUGUUGUCGAAGUCACUUGCCUCUCCAUCUCGUUAUUCCAGCCAUUGGAUUGGUAUCCGAGCUUGUGUUUACCAGCUCCCAGCUACGAUUGACAACUUUGUUGUUCUUGUUUAUAAGCCACCCUGUUGUACGUAUAGCGUGGUGUCGCAUGAGCCUCUUAAUUGCGAUCGCAUGGAUUAUGGCAAUCACGGAAGUGAUUAUCAAUGUUGUUGCAGGUCUGUUCCCUUCAAUCAGCAUCUUGCUACUGUCGUUCAUACACCCUGGAUAUAUCGCACAUAUCAUCAUACUAACAGAUUAAUCUACACAGAUAUUUGGUUCCGCAUUUGGACUCUUAAAUGUAGUCACUGGUCUCACAAUCCCCGCAGUGGGCAACUCCCUUGCAGAUCUCAACGAAAGAGACAUGAGCGUAGCUGCUGUAAGUCUAUUUACUUUCCUCCCGCCCUCGCAACCCUUGAUCACAACCUUCAGGUCUUUGCCCAAAUCAUGGGCUUCUCCACAUGCUUCAGUGUGUCUAUGGUCGAGUUUUUCCUCGGCAUCGGUAUCGCCGGCUCCUACGCGAUCUUGCAAACUGGGGGCGAGCUGUGUAUACUAUAUGGUUGACGCGUAUUUAUUGAAUUUGCGGGCGGAGCUGACGUGGCAGUCUAAGAUGGUGCACAUGUCCGACUUUUUUGAAUGGAUAACACUUGGAUUUAUUAUUAUCAUUGAAUACUUUAAAGGUUACGCACAUACGCCUGCAUGAACCACCUAAUUAUGUACACCUCCAUCUCCCUGGAUCACCUUAUGUAUACUACUUGUCGCCAC